UUAAAAGUGUUAUGGAAAUAUUAAUUACUAAGCAUAACGUACAGGUUUAUAAAACACCUGAAGGAACACAUAAAAGCAGAGCUACAUAAUAAACUUCGAAAAACAUUUAUUCUUAUUUUACACUAUUCAAGCACUUGGACGCACGAACAAAUCCUAAAGACAUUCUAACACUCUGAGCAGCUGAACCAAUCAGAGGCAGGCAUCAGGGCAGUCUAAUUUACAUACAGAAUCUAUAAUACUAAUCUCUGCUCGCGCUUCCUCAUUUGUUGCUGUUUCCCAGGAACACAUCAGGAUGCCUGAACCCGCCAAGUCUGCGCCCAAGAAGGGCUCCAAGAAAGCCGUCACUAAGACGACCGGCAAAGGAGGCAAGAAGAGGAGAAAGACCAGGAAGGAGAGCUACGCCAUCUACGUGUACAAGGUGCUGAAGCAGGUCCACCCCGACACCGGUAUCUCGUCCAAGGCCAUGAGCAUCAUGAACUCGUUCGUCAACGACAUCUUUGAGCGCAUCGCCUCCGAGGCUUCCCGCCUGGCUCACUACAACAAGAGCUCCACCAUCACAUACAGGGAGAUCCAGACGGCCGUGCGCCUCCUGCUUCCCGGAGAGCUGGCCAAGCACGCCGUGUCCGAGGGCACCAAGGCGGUUACCAAGUACACCAGCUCCAAGUAAACCCGCUGUUUACCAUCUAAACCACAAAGGCCCUUUUUAGGGCCACACAAAUACAACUAAGCGCAAGAAACUUGUACGUUAAUUAUUAAUUUCUCAAAUGUUCAUGUAAAAGGGAAUUACUACAUUGGUAUCCAUAAAACCUAUUCUAGAGUACUUGGUGCACUUCCCUUGUCAACCCAGGUUUUCUUAACUUCAAACAUCUAAAUCUAGAAA